UACCCUUGUUUCUGAAGCUCAUAGACCUGAAUAUCAAUAUCGAACUACUGGCAAAAUGGCAUCACCAGUGUAUACGCUUACAGAGGCAACCGCCAAACCACCACAAAACAGCACAAUUCUCAUCACAGGCGCCGCAAGUGGCAUUGGGCUUGCAACAGCCGUCUAUCUUCAUAAACCAGAAUACAAGAACAACAUCAUCGCACUCGACAAAUCUCCUAAGCCACCUGCAAUCUCAGAACUCACAAGCUCUUCCCGCUUUCUGUACAUUUCUUGCGACGUUCUUUCCUGGACUUCCCAACGCGACGCCUUCGCAUCCGGAGCCAAGAAAUUCGGCGGCAUCGACCAUGUGUUCGUCAAUGCUGGUGUUGCUGAGUACGGCGAGCAAAUCUGGACUGAUCACUAUGACGAAAAGGGCGAGCUAGCAGAACCGAAUCGGAUAUGUAUCGAUGUUGAUAUCCGUGCUGUGGGCGAUACGCUCAAAUUGGCAAUGUACCACCUCCGCAACGAUUCAGAACCUGGAAAGCAAAAAGGCUCUGGUAAUGGGCGAGGAGGGACGAUUGUGAUGACGGCCUCAUUGGCUGGGUACCUUGCUUCUGCGGGAGCACCGCUAUACUCGGCUGCCAAGCAUGGAGUGGUCGGUUAUUUGCGCGCUUUGAAGGGAGACUGUGCCAAAACCGGUAUUGCGAUCUCUGUGAUAGCCCCAGGCAUAACUACAACCCCUAUCCUAAGCGGCGUAAAACCUGGUCAGACUUUGGAAGAUUGGAGCGAGAAGAUGUCUGCCCGUGGAGUGCCGAUCAACACACCGCAUUCGAUCGGGCUGACCGUAGCCAACCUGAUGGGCCAAGGGCAGAAGAGCAAUGGGCAAGGUGUUUUGAUCCAAGGGAACAAGAUGCAGGAGCUAGAAGGUGGUAUUGCGAAGAACAGAGUCAUAUGGAUGGGCAAGGAGAUGUUGGAGCUCUUCCGAGGAGGCAGAAAUGCGCCGCUGUUCCCUAACAAGCUGUAGGUCCUGUCUAGCUCAUGAUCAUAUCUGAGACACCUUCUUCCUGUCCGGAAUCGUACGAGUCGACGGCGUGGGUUUGUCUCGGGUCGUUCCACCAUAUCAAAUUGUCGUCAUGGUGCCAAUGCACGCCGGAGUGUCGCUCGGUGUCACCGCAAGAGCAACGCCUGUAUAUCAAGAAGUUGAUAGCACGACUGAGCCAUAAAUGCAGGAACUCUGUCCAGCCCGGUGGUGUUGGCACUGUCGCCGCCUGUGGCAGAUUGCAGUCCUUCCUCAGUCCAUCCAGACACACCUUUUCCAAGCCCGCUUUUAGCGUUCCAGGCACAAUCGCAAUCAUGUCCUCCUGCUUCGCCAGCCAAGCGCAAAUGAUCUCCAGAGCUGUGAAAGUCUCUUCGCAAUGAGCAUGCUGCAUGAUGGUCGGAACAAUAACCUCUGAAAGUUCAAAGCUUCGAGAUGUGGCAAUCAGGAUCCCGAGUAGCGCUCGUGUGCUCACAGUUGCGGCCUCGAACUGCUCGACUUCU